AUGCCUCCACGAAACGAAGGCACUCUCGACAGCCACGAGUGGGAUGAAGUUAAGCCUACCUGGUGCGACAAGUCCAAAUGGCUCGCAGAUGAAAGCGACUGGAAGCCUGCUUCCCUCGUACGAAUUAGGCGGCCAUCUCGACUGAACAUCUCCAGUCUGAGCACCUUCUUCUGGCCCAUCAAAGACACCAAAAAUCCAGAGAAGCUGCGGCCCACAGCAUACCUUGACGGCUUGCGAGGUUUCGCUGCCUUCUUGGUGUACUGGCACCACAAUCAACUAUGGGCUCAUGAACCUCACGUCCAAAACAGAAUCUUUGAAAACGCCUUUGGAUACGAAAACAAAUAUCACUUUAUUGCCUUUCCUGGCAUCCGCCACUUAUUUACUGGAGGCCACUUCUCAGUAUCAGUCUUCUUCGUCAUAUCCGGCUACGUCCUCUCCGCUAAACCUUUGAGCUUGAUCCAGUCCGGAGACCACGGAAAAUUCGCAGAAAAUGUCGGAUCAGCCUUAUUCAGGCGAUGGCUAAGACUUUAUAUCCCAUUGGCGGCGACAACUUUCUUCUACAUGACAUUCCUCCACAUGUUCAAUAUCUGGGUCGACAAUAUUGAGCGUGCGCCAACUUGGAGAGAUGACGUCUGGCUCUACUAUUGCGAGCUGAAGAACUUUAGCUUCGUCUUCACCACUGGAGGCGGUCCUUUCUUCAGUUGGAAUCCACACCUUUGGUCCAUCCCUGUUGAAAUGAAGGGCUCAGUCAUCGUCUACACAUCUCUGGUCGCAUUUUCCAGGUGUACCAGAAACGCUCGACUCUGGUGUGAGGCUGGUCUGGCUUUUUACUUCAUGUACAUCGCCGACGGAUGGUACGGAGCCAUGUUUGUCAUGGGCAUGAUGCUCUGCGACCUCGACCUCCUGGCGAAGAAGAACGAUCUCCCCAACUUCUUUCAGCGACUGGAACCCGCCAAAAUUUUCAUUUACUACCACCUCUUCGCGGUUUCGAUGUAUCUCGGUGGUGUCCCAUCUUACACCGGAGACGUCAUGAAGAUGCGAGAGAACCGCGGGUGGUACUAUUUGUCGUUUCUCAAACCUCAAGCCGUGUUCGAUUACAAGUGGUUUUACCUCUUCUGGGCAGCCACAAUGCUGGUAUCCGCGGUUCCACGAAUUUGGUGGCUGAAGAGAUUCUUCGAGACACGCUUCUGUCAGUAUCUAGGACGAAUCUCCUUUGCCCUCUACUUGGUCCACGGACCCGUUUUGGGGACUCUGGGCGAUCGACUCUACACAGCCGUCGGGUACCACAAAGAGACGGAGCGACAACAUCUCGCGCACCUAGUCGACAGGUUUCCGUUACCCAAGGUUGGGCCCCUCGGCUUGGAACCGGCCUUCCUCAUUCCUCAUGUGAUACUUCUUCCGGUCACUCUUUGGAUCGCUGAGAUUGUCACGAGGUUCAUUGAUGAGCCUAGUGUGAAAAUUGCUCAGUGGCUCUACCGGAAAACUCUGCCAACAGCGCCAGCAAAGGCUUGA